UCAGGUAUGCACGCCGCCGCGCCGCGCCGCCGCGCUGUCAGCAGAAAAGCAAACCGAUUAAUGGUUUUUACGGGAAACCACUCUACGUUAGUACUGUUCGAGCUGUCGAGGCAACAAACUCUCCUAGAUCAACAAUCCAAAUUUUAUCAUUAAUUUACACGAAUCGCAUAUUCGAAGAAAAUGUCCCACGACUCCCACGUCGAAGAUUCUCAGAGAUGGAUCAACCAGGUGAUGGCGAGGAUUAUCGAGAAUCUUGGAUUGGACGUUGACAAAGCUCGAUACGAAAUCUCCAAAUCUAUCAACUUUCUAGUGACAACCAUAUAUUACGUACGCCUGCAGUUUAAGAAUAAAGAAAACGAUCAGAACGAGGAAUUGUCUAUGGUGCUAAAAAGACCCACGAAGAACUUCAUCCACAUAGGUCGCAUCGAUUUUCAAUUUGAAAACGAGAUUCUGUUCUAUCAAACGUACAUCCAACCGAACGAGAGGCAUUUUUACGCAAGAUGUUACUACGCCGAAAAACGGUCGCCCACCGAUUUCGUGAUCGCCCUGGAGAACGUUAACGAACGAGGAUAUCAUUCUUGCUCGUACCCACACAACGCUCCUUUCGAGUACACGUUGGCAGCGAUGCGCGAGUUAGGACGAUUUCACGGUAAAGGGUACGUCAUGAAGGAACUGCAGCGGGAAAAGUUCUUCGAUAUCGUGGCGCGACUGCAAGAGCCUAGAUACGCGAAAGGAUACGUGAUGGAAGCUUGUUUCAAUGUUACGGCGACGCGAUCGCUGGAAUAUCUCCGCAGACAAGGCUACGAUGCAGCUUUCUGCGACAGGAUGGAAGCCAUCCUUACGAACGCGUUUGACGAAGUGAUGAUGAAGAUAAUAAAGCCGCUUGAACCUCUGGCCACGAUGUGCCACGGCGACUUUCUAUUGAACAACAUUCUCUUCAAGGCGGAUGAGGGUGGACGAUAUCGCGCGAUGCUGAUCGAUUUCGCGCUUAUUAGAUAUUCGACGCCCGUCGUCGAUCUCUCCACGUAUUUCUACAACUGUUGCUGGAAUGAAGAGAUACGAGAGAAAUUUUUCGACAUCAUGCGGGCUUAUCACGACGCGCUGAUGGAGUAUUUGCUGGACGCUGGCGUUCAAGACAUUGAGAAAUAUUCAUAUAACGCUCUGUUGGACGAUUUUAGGAGGGGCGCUCUCUUUGGUUUUAUUGUCGUAUCCCAAUUUUUACCGGCAAUAUUGGGAUAUCUCAAACUAGAAGCGAUAGUACAAGACACAAUUAGUCUAGGCGCGUUGGGAUAUGCAAAGAAGCAUAAAUAUGACGGCGGAGACGAAGUAUGUAAAAUACUUGCUGAUAUAUUGCUGCAUCUGAGAGAUCUUGGCUGCUUGAAACAUAUUUUAUAAUGUGAGAUAAUUUACAUAAAAUGCAUAUAAGAUACAAAUUAUAUCGAUUAGUAACUAUGAAGUAUAUAUGGCGAAAGAUUUUCAAGUGAUCAGGUGAUCAGGUAAUAUAGAUUCGUAAUUAUAUUAAAGGCAAAAGAUUUAUUUUAUAAAUAUUGUUGUCUUUCUCUCGUUGUCAUUUCUAUAUGAGAAAUAUUAGUUACAUUAUAAUACAAAGACCGAGUUGCAAGUGUAAUUAGAGGCGAAAUAUAUUGAAUCACGUUCGACUUUAAGGUGUCUUGUGCGAUAUAAUACGGAUAAAAUUGUAUAUCAUAGUUAAAAACUUCGAUAUCGCAAUAAUAUUCAAUUCAAAGGAAGUAAUGCAAACGCGUAUAACUAACAAAAACAUAAAUAAUAAAUAAACAUAUCUUAUUUUAAUAAUAAUUAAAAUUCAGAUGAAAAUAUCUUGAAACAUAGUAUGUAUAUUUUUUCAAAAAAUAUAUUUAUAAUGUAUAAAUUAUAAUCGUCAAAUCAUAGCUAUUUGAUUUCAGAAAUUUACUAUGAGGAAUUAAAACAAUUAGUCCAAGGUGUAUUUUAUAAUUGUCAAUUUUAUAUUAAAUUUAGUAUAUUCAGCUACAAAGUGUUAUAAAAAUAUUUAAAGAAACACGGUAAUGUAAAAAUUAUAAAGCACAUACGUAAUUUACUACUAACCAAAUGGCAGUAAAAUAUAUUUUAUAUAUGUCACAAAAAAUAAAAAUUAUAUUAAUCACCGAAAUCAUACUAAAACAUAUUA